AUGGGUACGUUUGUUUCGGUCAUCGCACGCAAGUUGAAGAACCCCUGGGAGCCUGCGAGCAAUGCUUGCGCGAUCCUGGUGGAAAACAAAGUUCACGAAGGGCUCGAUAACGACUGGGCCGAGGCGGCACUUACGAUCAGCAACAAUGCCACACUCUGCGCACAAUACGAGGCAACGGGCAGUGACUUCUGCAAGCUACCAGAAACCUUCCGCGAAUCCUUCUCAAGAUCAUGCGACCCUCCGGUGACCUUUCUCAACAUCAUUGGGUCCUUCUUGCUCGGUAUCUCUGUGUUCCUUCUCUGCACCAUUGUCUUUGUGCUGGUACUAGCAUUACUGCUCCUCGCCGGCAUGUUCUUUGUGGACCUCUUCGAGAACCUUCAGCAAUGUUUUUCAAAGAAGAAGACCUGGGCAGAAUUUGAACUCAAACGUAUGAGGCACCUUUCUCGAGGUUGUGUAGGGUCAAUCGAAGACACCGAGAGAUGA